UGCUCCGCUCCCCCCGCCCCCGCGGCGACCGGCACGUGCGGGCCCCGCCGGUAGCCCCGCCCCGGCUCCGCUCAGCCCACGUGAGCGGGCGGCGGGCAUGGCCGUGCUGCUGCUCCGCCGAGCGCUCCGCGCUGCCGGCCCCGGGACUCGCCUGCUGGGGCGGGGGGCGGCCGCGGGGCCCGGCGGGGGCGAGGACGAGGACGAGGACGAGCUCGAGUCGCUGCGGGAGGCGGAGAGGGCGCUGCAGCGGCAGCGCGUGGCCAUCCGGAUGCAGCGGCUGCGGCGGGAGAUGGAGCCGAGGGUGGUCCCCGAGCGCCUGCUCACCUGGCAGGCCAUAACGCAGAUGCGGUUCCUGUGGCGGGAGCUGCGGGACGAGUGGCCGGUGUCGCGGCUGGCCGAGGGCUUCGGCGUGUCGGAGGACGCGGUGCGGCGCGUGCUGCGCAGCAAGUUCUCGCCCUCGCCGCGGUGCCGGGACAAGCAGGACGCCCGGGCGCUGAGCCGCCUGUGCCCCGCCGCCAGCCCGGAGCGCGGGGCCCCCGCCCCGGCCCGCGCCCUGCCGCCGCCGCCCGCCCCGCGCUCCGCCCUGCCCGCGCCCCUCGGCCCCGCCGCGCCCGCCCCGCGGCACAGCCCGCCGCACGCGCGCCCCCCAAGGGGCCGCCCUGCCACGCCGCCCGCCGCCGGCUGCCCACGGCCCGAGCCGGAGCCGGAGCCGGCCGCGGAGGCGUGGGACGCCGAGGAGGCGUGGGGCGCGGGCCGGGAGCGCGGCGCCCAGGUGGUGCAGCGGGGCCGCGACUUCUUCGACAGCCGCGGGACCUUCCUCUACCGCAUCCCGGGCGACGGGCCCGCGGACACCCCCGAGCCGGAGCCGGAGCCGGGGCCGGGCGGCGCGGACUGCUCCCCUUGCAGGAAAUAAGGGCCGAGUCGCGGGGAGAAGCGGUCGGUCCGUGUUGAUUAAAGUGUGCGUGUGCAGAGCGA